AUGAUCUUUAGAAGACAUUUCAGUGCUUUAAGCAGAGACUUAUGGACUGGCUUUACCAAAAAGUCUGCUGGAAUGACUGAAAUAUCAAAGUUUGAAGUGAAUUUAGGAGACUCUAAACGUCUUGGUUUGUAUGGUAUGCCUAGAACCGACCUUGAUUUCGAGAAACAAGAAGAAGAGCCUUUGCUUUUAGCAAUUGCUGAUUAUAAGCCUUCAAUCAUUCUUUUGCAGAUCGAUCCAAUGCAUUAUAUGAAAAGAUUUCGACACAUUGAACAGGAAUUUGCUAAAAGAGAUCCUAAUAAUGCUAUUAAUAUACAAGAGCGAGAUCUUGAAAACCCAGCUCCAAAUGGCUUAAAUGAAAUUGAAGCUGGCAUGGAAGUCAUUGAUGUCGUUAAGAUGAUUGAAACAGGGAAAAAAAUUGACCUUAAUACUGCUCUAUCAAAUAUUAGGGCUGUAAAAAGUGUUGAUGAAAUUAAUGAAAAAUCAGAACAAUUCAAAGAAUAUUCAGAGGCGAUCCUAGCGCACAUCUUGGGAAACAUGCCUAUGAAGUUUCCAUAUAUGACUCCAUUGCUGGUUUUCUCUUUAUAUAACCAGAAUGAAAUAGCACUUAUAGAUAUGCCAGAGCCUCUAUUAAGAAUGCAUAUCGCAAAUAAAUACAGCUUGGAAGAGUUGACAGGAAUAGCUGCACAGUUGGUUGAAGGUUUAAACGAUCAUUUUUCAACAAGUGAAAAAAUCAUUACUCUAGAAAACAUUGCAUAUGAUCAAUUUCCUCAGAUUUUUCAAUAUCCAAGAGAUAUAUAUAUCGCUUCAGUCCACAAUGAAUACAUGAAAGAAAACGAUUCAGUGGUAAGUUUUGUAAAUAAUCCUACAUAUCUGGCGCUUCCAGAAAUAUGAAAGGAGGCUGAUAAUCUUUCAUUUAAAGAGGCUUGUCAAAUUCCACCUAAAAUCCCCGAAGAUACCAAUGAAAUUUUAAUAGAGAAGCAUGCUUUGCUUGAUGUUAUUCUUGAAACAAACAUUUGGGCUUCCAAGUAUACAAAAAACCCAUUUCCAUAUAUUGGUCUAAAAUCAGAAAUAACGCCUGAAGAUAAACAAAAAUACAAAGAAAUCUUCAAGCAGAAAUAUUUCCAAUAUCAGCAGUUUGUUGAAGAUAGGCUAAGGCUUCCAGAUUCAAUAAAAAAACUAAUAAACAAAGUUUAG